AUGACGGACGGGAUCCCGAAAGAGCCCAUCCCUACGAGUAACCCACCGUCGAAUUCAGCCAACCCAUGCCAGCAAGAUGACCAGGCAGGACCCCACGCAGCAGAUCACCGGCUGUUACAAGCUGCCGCCGCCGGUCUCUUGAAUAAGCAAAAUGCCGCCUCAAACGCAACCAUCAAUUUCUCUUUCCCUACUUUAGACACAACAUGCGCCGUCAACUCGAUGAGCCCAAUCGAUACCCCAACUAAAUCUGCCCGCCUGGGGAGCCACCACAGCCACGUCGAGUUUCGAACGAGAACAAUCGCUCCUUCACCUUCGGAAACUCCCAGCUCGCACCGUCACUCUGACGAAGCGCUCCGAUACCAGCGAAGCCCCCUUGCCUCCAGUUCGAAAACCACAAGUCCCCAGGAGGCUCCUGAGGGACGUCCCGCCCAUCGCAGGGAUAGCAACAACAACCUCUCCCCGAUCACGCCAGCCAAGUCCCCCGCGUUUGGUCUGCAUCACAAAACGUCUGCCUCGUCUCUGCGACCCAUUGCACGCACCCCGAGCUUCAAGAACAGCUUGGGCCCAGGUUUUGGCACUGCUUCGGCCGCCAGCUCAACAUACCCAAGCCCGAUCAUAUCUGCUAUGGGCGACGUCACCCCACUUCCAUCACCACUUCUAUCCGGUGACUCGCCAGGCCCUUGGAGGAGGUUGGCGCGCCCGCCCUCUCGAGACACGCCUGCCGCAACGCCUGGCGUAGAGUCGGUUCUUGUUUCUACCAACGGCGAGUCGAUAGCAGCGGCCAUGACAUCUCAGCCGCAGAGGAAAGCUUACAUGGGCUUGGGGUUGGAGACGAGCUCUAGCACCAGCACCAGCAAUCAGCCAGAGAGGACCCUACCGCAUACUCGAAACAGGAGUGUGAGCGAGUAUAAGCCGGACCCAAUGUUACUGCCCAAGCGGAUGUCGACAGUGUCAGGAUCUCGGGACAAGACGGAAAAAAGCACAGAGGCGCAGCAGCGCAUGCGUCGUGAGCCACAUCUAUCGGCUGCCCGUGGGAUAACACCAGUGGAGAAGCCCCCUACCCCACCGCCUAGCGAAUCUUCCCUGAGCGCAGGGGAGAAUUUGGUGGGCGGUGUUCCUGCUAAGAUCAGCGACGAGGAGGACGGUUCCGAUCAAAAGCCUCGAUAUGAGUACUUUGAAGCACGCAAUCGUACUGAUGGCAAGCUGCGACGUUGGCGGGCCGUCAAAGAACUUGGGCAAGGUACCUUCAGUCGGGUCAUGCUGGCAACGAGUGCGCGGCCAAACGAUGAAUCCACUAGCGAGGACUCGAACAACGCGUCCACGCGAACCGGAGGCCAGUAUGAUCGCAAGACACUUGUCGCCGUAAAGGUGUGCGAAUCGGGACCUAAAGGUGGAGCUUCAGAAGAUCGUAUCGAAAUGAGUCUGAAGCGGGAGCUUGAGAUUAUGAAAUCGAUACAUCACCCCAACCUGGUGCACCUUCGUGCAUGGAAUAUAGAGCCGACCCGUGCCAUACUCGUACUCAGCUAUUGCACAGGAGGAGAUUUAUUCGAUGUGGCGAGCGCACAUCGCAACGUGCUCACCCCGCCCCUGAUACGACGCAUAUUUGCGGAGCUCAUUUCUGCCGUGAGUUACUUGCAUGAGAGGCGUAUCGUCCAUCGGGACAUUAAGCUGGAGAACGUUCUGGUCAACCUCACACCCUCAGAAUUGGCAGAUCCUUCUAUGGACUGGGCCACAUACCCCUACCCAAUUUCUACACUGACAGAUUUGGGACUGGCUCGCCGUGUUGCUGAUGAUGAGAAACUCGAGACGCGAUGCGGGUCUGACGACUAUGCCGCGCCCGAAGUAAUCAUGGGACAACCCUAUGACGGCCGCGCUAUCGAUGCCUGGUCACUUGGAGUGCUCUUAUAUGCUCUCCUCGAAUCACGUCUUCCCUUUGACCCGCUGCCUGGCACUGUCACAGGAGCCGACAGUGCCCACCGCAUGAGGUCUCGAACUUCGCACCGAAUUGCGCGCAUUGAGUGGCGCUGGGUCACGUUUGCGGGCGAGGAUGGCGAUCACGACGGCGACGAGGAAUUGUUCAAGAGUAAAGGCCUCCUCGGGGCUAUGCAAAUCACCGAGGGAUUACUGAAACGCGCACGAAGCAGAUGGACAGUCGAAAAGGUUUCUCAGACGGAAUGGGUCAAGGACGGCAUACAGGUCGAGGGUGGCGUCAAGUUUUUAGAAGUGGAAGACGGUGAGGUUGCUCAGGAUGAUGACGUGAUGGGUUUAUGA